CCGCGCAAGUGUUCAAGAGACAUCUCACUCACAGAUAAACGCAUCCCGUUGUAUGUCUCCACAGUAGCAAUGGAGAUGGAAAGGUCACUAUGGCUCGCGGUGCUGAUCCCUGCGAUCAUGGUGUCCUUCUACGGCGAGGCUGCCAUGGCGGACGCCCAGACAUCGCCGGACACAAACGUGCUGUGCGUCAGCAAGUGCGGGACGUGCCCGACGGUAUGUACCACGCCGCCGCCGCCGCCGGCGGCGGGCGGCGAUGGCAGCGGCUACUCCUCGCCGUCGCCUCCGCGCUCUAUGACGACUCAGCCAUCUCCAGCGGCCGUGCCGCAGCCGCAGGCCAAGGGAGGGAGCCCCAGCGGGUACUACUACUUCUUCACCGCUGGGAGCGGCCGGAGCUGCGCCACCUCCAGCGUUCGUUACACGCUACUGCUCCUGGCGCUUCUUCCCAUCGUCGCUGUUUAGGUUGCUGAAGAAUCUAGUGUGGCGCUCGGUGAGGACCCGGCGGCAACUCGAUCGGUCGGCUCCUACGUGUGGUUCCUUUAUUGGUGACUAAUUUAUCUGGUUAAGUUUGCCAUGUGCUUCCCUUCGAUCAAGAUGAUUUUCGAUAGUCACUGGUGUAAUUUGGAACUUUCGUUGUCAACCUGAAUUUGGCUGAUCA